AUGAAGCCUUUUGCCAUCUUGCUGGCCUUGUCCCUCCUUGCAGGAACUCAGGCAUUUGUCCUCAGAGAUGAGCCAGAUACCAAGAUAGCCCAGUUAAGUCAGAGGUUCAGGGAACACCUGGUGAACCUCAGAAGGACGGUGGGUGAGAAGGUGGACUUGAUCCUGGGAGUGGAGUUUGUCGAUCAACUUACACAGAACGUCACGAAUUACUAUUUACAAGUACGAGAGAGCUUAUAUAAUCUGGAGCAGACACUUCCCGCCGAGACCAAACAGGUCUAUGAUCUGGCGCUUAGGACACCAUGGGGGAUGUGGAGCAAAGCCCUUGACUCCCUGAACGAGCAGAGGAAGAAGCUGAGCUCUGCCACAGAGGAGAUGUCUGAGACGCUGCCCGGCAUUUUGAAACCCUAUGUAGAUCCGGUCCUGAAGAGCGUGGCUCCGUACACAGAGAACCUGGGAAAUGUUGUCUCAGCCACGGUAGUGGAGCUGAAAGCCAAGAUGAAUAAGACUCUGACAGAGCGGGUAGAAGAUCUAGCUUCCCAGCUGAACCCUUAUGCCACGGAGGUCCAGAACCACUGGAAAGAACUUCGGAUGUCCUUUUCGAACAACACCGAGCCACUGAAGGAAGAGCUCCUACGGGGACUGGAGACCAUCAACAACUCCUUGGUGAAGACCUUUGUCACCCCUUUCUUGGAGAUUUUCCCGGCUCGUACUGAGCACUGA